AUGGCAGCACCACCAACCCCACAAGAAGGAGCUUCACAAACUCGACCACCACUGUUCAAUGGAAAGAAGGAAUGGGACGCUGCAAACAAACUAGCUAUCCAGAACAAUGCCAAGGCCAAGAAAAUCAUGAUAUGCGGUAUAGGUCCAGAUGAAUACAAUCGAAUCUCAUUAUGUCAGGAUGCUAAAGCUAUUUGGGAAACUUUACAAACUGCUCACGAGGGAACAACUCAAGUAAAGAAGUCUAAAGUCGAUAAUCUAAACAGGCAAUAUGAAUUGUUUCGAAUAGCAGAGGGUGAAACUAUACAAGAAAUGCACACCAGGUUCACCUCAAUCAUUAACGAGAUGUACUCUUUGGGAGAAAUAGUUCCGAAUGGAAAGGCAGUAAGAAAACUCUUAAGUGUUCUCCCUGAAUCAUGGGAAAGAAAAGUUGAAGCAAUCACUGAAGCUCGUGGGAUGCGCUAUCUAUGGACGAAUUAA